CGAAAUUUAGCUAGUUGACUCAAGCCGAGCAGCUAAAUAACCAAAACUAUCAUGAAGAGAGUCACUCUGUUUGUCAACGGAACGUCUUCCAAUGGCAAGGUUGUGGCGCUGUAUGGAUCACUGACAGACCUGCUGUCCGUCGCUAGCAGUAAACUGGGAAUCCGAGCCUCCAGCGUUUAUAACGGGACAGGCGGUCUUAUAGACGACAUAACGCUUAUAAGGGAUGAUGACGUGCUGUAUGUGUCUGAGGGCGACUCCUUUGAUGGUAAGUUGAAUACAGCCUCAAUACCGCUCUAUCAGGAGGUACAGUGUGGGAUAUUCUGGGCUUCUAUCUGGGUGGGAUGUACUUGCUAUCUGUAUGACUUCCCUCAGAUGUGAGUAAGACAAAGUGUGCAGACCCCCAGGAUGACCCUGGUUGUCCAGACUGGUUCCAGACUCACACUGAUUGGCUGACGCUCAACGUUGGGGGUUGCUGCUUCACCACCACACGGUAACCAUGACAACCUCGCAGUCUGUCCACUCCAUUUUAUUGAUAAACAUAACCUGUGUGUGUGUUUUCUCCUCAGGAGCACGCUGGUCAGUAAAGAGCCAGCGAGCAUGCUGGCCCACAUGUUCCGAGACAAAGGUGAUGAUGUCACUCCCACAAUGCACCACUGACUGCCUGUCUCCUCCACACAUUAUUCAUGUCCCAAAUUCCUUGUGUGUGUAGAUGUGUGGGGUAAUAAACAGGACUCCCAGGGUGCCUACCUGAUAGACAGGAGUCCAGGCUACUUUGAACCCAUCCUCAACUACCUGAGACACGGACAACUCAUCAUCAAUGACGGCAUCAACCCACUGGGUAUGCCACACACUCACAAUGUACACACUGGACUUACACACGCACACUAAUAGCUACUUCAUCUCUUUCUCUGUCUCAGGGGUCCUGGAGGAGGCUCGGUUCUUCGGCAUUGAGCAGCUGGCUGAGCAACUGGAGAACCUGAUGAAGGUGUGUGUGCGUGUGAAUACCGUAAGUGUGCAUGAGGCCUGUCUAUCCUAACUACACCAUAUUUUCUCCUACCCAGAGUUCCCAGCCUGCUGAUGACUACUCCCCUCUAACCAGGAAGGAGUUUGUACGUUUCCUGUUGGCCACACCCACCAAGUCAGAGCUGCGCUGUCAGGGUCUGAACUUCAGCGGUGCAGACCUGUCUCGCCUGGACCUGCGCUACAUCAACUUUAAGAUGGCCAACCUGAGAGCUGCCAACCUCACUCACGCCAACCUCAGUGGUGCCAACCUGGAGCGGGCAGACCUGUCCUCAGCCUGCCUUGACGGAGCUAACCUACAGGGUGUUAAGAUGCUGUGUUCUAAUGCAGAGGGUGCGUCUCUGAGAGGAUGUAACUUUGAAGACCCUGCUGGAGUCAAAGCCAACAUGGAGGGUGCCAACCUAAAGGGGGUGGACAUGGAGGGUAGCCAGAUGACCGGUAUCAACCUGCGAGUUGCCACCCUGAAGAACGCCAAGCUGAAAAACUGCAACCUGAGAGGAGCUACACUGGCAGGCACAGACCUGGAGAACUGUGACCUGUCUGGAUGUGAUUUACAGGAAGCUAACCUUCGGGGUUCCAACGUGAAGGGAGCCAUCUUUGAAGAGAUGCUGACUCCACUGCACAUGUCUCAGAGUGUACGAUAACCCUACUGCACAUGUCUUAGAUUGCGCUACUCCUCCACUGAACCCCACACAAACAUACACUCCUGGUCCUUAAGUCAUUCCUCCCAACCCCCUGUGUAGCUCACCACUGAUUUUGAAUUCUCAGAAGAGACUAGUUGUCCAAUACUAUAUCAAACCUUAGUAUUCACUUAGCUACCUGAGGGCAGUGGUUGUUCCUCUGACAUGAGGAGUGAAUAUGAAACGAGACCCAGAAAUGUUCUAGUACACAUGUUUGUAUAUAUGGCGUAAAAGGUUCUACAUGUUUGUAAAAUAAUAUAUGUAUUUUGACGGAAGAUUCGGGCCGACUUCCGCAACAACAAACGGUGUGAGGCUAAACUCCUCGCUGUUUUGGUCUCGCAGCUAUUGCGUUGCAGCAGUGUGAAAUGCACAAAUGCGCUUAUCUGCAAUAUCUGAGGUUCGUGACAAAAGUUUAUAUGGCUGAGUCUCACUUUAAUGUGUCCACAUGUACAUUAUCCUACAUGGACCAUCUUCUCCAUUCCUGGGGUUGGAUUUCCAUCACAUGGUGCUACACUUUAUCAUUGUGAAAUGUUUUUGUUGUUGUAUCAUAUCACUGUAUAAUUACUGUUUUAUGUAUUUUACAAUAAAGGCUGUAGCCUGUU